UCUUCUUUUUGCGACUCGACGAUAAUAAUACUACUCGUCUCUAAUCGAAACGAAACCACUAGCGCUAUUUUGGAAUUUCUUGUUUUGGAUCAGUCGGAUAAUUUGCACACUAUAUAUUGUGUUAAGAUUGUUACCUUUGGAAUUGCAGACAUAUUGGCUUGUAUCAACCAUGCAUUUAGGAGCGCUCAAAUUGGCACAAAAACAAAAAGAAGCCAAAAUUGCGGCAGCCUUUCCUAAGGGAAUUCGGUGUCAGAAAUGUCUCGAAUUUGGUCACUGGAGUUAUGAGUGCAAGGGCAAACGGAAAUAUGUUCACAGGUCUUCCCGUACUCAAGUACUAAAGAAAAACCUGAACAAACUUGAAAACCAAACGGCAAAUACAACCAGCAACUCAAAUGUAAAGCAUCAAAUAAAAGAAAGUAGACCAGUGUCAUCAAGCAGUUCAAGUAGUGACUCCGAUAGUGACUCCUCGAGUUCUUCUGAAUCUUCGUCUGAAUCAAGCGACAGCGAAAGUAGUUCGAGCAGUGAUAGUGAUUCGAGUUCGUCUACUUCAUCCGAUUCCGAUGGUAAACCAUAUGAUGAUAAACGUCGAAAAAGAAAAAAGAUGUAGUGGAUUUUAUUUAUAAUUAAUUAUAUUUUCAAAAAAACAUUGGUCUGAAGAUUUCAGUUUCCGAAAACAUUAAUUCCGAGCAGAAAAUUCAGGAGGUACAAAUAAAACCAAUGCUUUCCUAUACACAA